AACCGCUAAUAUACUGUAUAAUAAACUAAAAUGAACUCCUAUAAACUUACUUACAUAUUUUUAGCAAUUCUAAUAAAUUAUAGUGUGUGUGAUGAUAACUCUGAGCCAUUGGAAUCGAAAAGUGGCGAUUUCGAAACAGUGGAGGUGAAAACAAAGUAUGGAGCGGUAUCAGGGAAAGUGGAAAGGACGUUCAUCAAACAGCACAAUUAUUUUUCUUUUAAAGGUAUUCCAUACGCCGAGACGCCUGUUGGAAAAUUACGCUUUAAGCCUCCAGUUCCACAUCAGGGUUGGAAGGAGACUCUGGAAGCUUACAGUAAUAAACCAACAUGUGUGCAAUUCAACACUAGAGCACGCGUGAUGGAAAAGAUGGGAAUAUCUGGCUCCGAAGACUGUCUCUAUAUUAGCGUAUUUACACCAAACUUAGAAGGUUCUGCUCCAGUUAUAGUUUUUGACUACAAUGACAACUUCAGAACAGGUUUUAAUGGAACGGACACAUAUUCUCCUGAUUUUUUCAUUGAGGAAGAUGUAGUCGUUGUCACUAUAAGUCAUCGUUUAAGUGUAUUUGGAUAUUUGACCACGAUGGAUGACGUUAUCGCACCUAACAAUGGUUUAAAGGACUUCAUUUUAGGAUUAAAUUGGGUGAAAGACAACAUAAAAAAUUUUGGCGGUGACACUGAACGUGUUACAUUAAUGGGUAACCGCGGUGGUGCGGUACUUGCAGACAUCUUGUUAUACAGUGAAAAAGCUAAAGGUCUUUUUAGCAGAGUCAUAAUGCAAAGUGGAACAGCUUUAGAAGCAACCUUUUUUGGGAGAAAUCUAAGGGAAAAAGCUUUUAAGUAUGGCGAAAUAUUUAAUAUUACUACUGAUGAUAGUGAAAUUUUACUUGAAAAAUUACAAACAGUCGACCCUUAUCUAUUAAUCGACGCUGAUGGCUCCUUGCACGAUGAAGAACAAGUGGUGGAAUCACAAUUGAGUAUAUUCCCUUUUGCGCCUGUCAUUGAAGAGAACAGCGAAGACGCUGUGCUAACGUCCCUCCCAGAAAAGAGUAAUCUAGUUAACGAUGUGCCAAUCUUGAUUGGUAUGAAUUCGAGAGAGGGUUUAGAUUUGGCCGCACAUUUUAUCUAUGACCCUCGUACUAUAGCCGAAAGCAAGAAGUUUCUAUUCUUAUUCCCUAUCCGGAAAAACUUUUCUUUUGUAGAAAAUAGCGCUUCAUACGAUGAAGCAAUAAAAGAUAUUCUUACAUUUUAUUUUAAAGAAGGCUAUUUUUACUAUAAUAAUUUAUUCGAAUAUACCGUGUAUAUAGCUGACGUACUGCAAAACUAUCCUUUACAUAUUGCAGCUGAAAUGCUCGCUGAAAAAUCUCAGUCACCUGUAUACUAUUACUUGUUCAACUUUAGAGGAUCUCUGAAUGAAAAUCUGGAGAUGAUGUCAAGAUACUUACAUUACUGGCUAGAACCAUGGGGAGCGACAAUCGUUGAUGAAUUAUGUUAUUUACAGCUUUGUACCAGAAUUAAAGAAAAAUAUGAAUUACUACAAAAGCUUUUGAGUGAACAAAAUGAAUCUAAAGUUUUGAAGAGAAUGGUGCGAUUAUGGGCAAACUUCGCAAAAACAGGAAACCCUACACCAUCUGAAGAUGACAGCGUGUUGAAGGGUUUUAAAUGGACGCCGAUCGAGAAGGGUAGCGAUAAAACCAAUUACCUACACAUCACAGCAAAGCUUAAGAUGGAAGUAAAUCCUUUGGGGAAAAGGAAACAAUUUUGGGAAGACUUUUUUGCUAAAUACUCACAGUUAGCUGUUGAUGGAGUUGUACAAUCACCACCAAAGGAAACGACUGACGAACCACCACAAAAAGAAACAAAUGACGAAAAACCACUAGAAGAAACAAAUGACAAACAAACAGAAAACGAAACGAAUGACGGACAACCACAAAUUGAAACGAUUGACGAACAAUUGCAAAACGAACCGAAUGAUAAACAACCACAAGAAGAAACGAAUGACAAAGGACUACAAAAUGAAACGGAUAACGAACAACCAGAAAACGAAACGAAUAACGAACAACCACAAGAAAAAACGACUGAUGAACAACCACAAGAAGAAACGAAUGACGAACAACCACAAGAAGAAACGACUGAUGAACAACCACAAGAAGAAAUGACUGAUGAACAACCACAAGAAGAAUCGACUGAUGAACAACCACAAGAAGAAACGACUAAUGAACAACCACAAGAAGAAUCGAAUAACGAACAACCACAAAAGGCAACGCACGAAGAGUUAUAA